AGUGAAAGUAAUCCAUCGGUAACUCAGCAUCGUGAAAGAGCUAGGGCACGGCGUUUCGUGCAUAAAAUGCCUUUUGUACCGGUAGACGAAGCAUAUAAUAAAGUAGUCAGUCAACAAGAAGAUGCGGUGAUAAAGCAAUUACCAAUGCAUAGUUUGCAAAUUGAUGAUAUUAGUGGACAGAAGGACGCUAGAAGUAGUACUUGUGGACGAAGUGAGGUGAAGUCACACUUGUCUGUGUUUACGAAUUGUACGAAUCCUACAUUUGCUUCUGUGCAUAACAUCUGGAAGUACUUUUUUAUAAUUGAUAUAUAUGUGAUCGUAACUGCUCUAAAACGUGGGUCACUGCUUCAACAGGAAGUACUUGCAGUACUUGCUGCAGUAGCAGAAUUGAUAAAAGAUCGUGGCGGAAAAGAAAGUGAUGCUGAAUAUUUUGCUGCACUUUUGACGGCCAUUGAAACUAUACCCGCGACAGAUGAAUCAAGAUUAGAAGCAGCUUUUUAUUUGCUGAGACUUGUUAUUAAAAAGCUGGAUGAAGGCGUAGUACGAUUAUGUUUUUCGAAAGCAUUUCAGAUUUUCAUGAAAAAACUUUCUGAAACUUCACCGGGUCCUACUUUGGCUAAGCUUAUUUGCACUCUAGGAGAUAUUUUACGUCAGCAGCCAGCCGGUAUUUGGGAAAAUAACAAUACAAGGUUAUCACUUAUGAAAAUCGAGAUGUUUGCUUUACACGAAAAAUCUGUUGUUCGUUCUGCUGCUCGUCGCACUCUUUGCAGCAUUCUUAACGACCCGAUGAAAGCUACAUCGGAUGGUUAUCAUCCAAGUGCACUUAUGGUUGGGGAGUUUAUCACUCAACAUAUGGCCCAGGGUUUCGGUAAUAAAAAAAUCGAUAUGAUCCUUCGUCUUUUAUGCUUAUCUGAAGACAUCAUGCAUAAGAUGCCUUAUUCAAUAUUUAAAAAGUUUGCGGAGCAGGCUCUUACUGCUUUAUCUAUUUCGGAUGCUGUUUUGAGAUGUGCUAUUUUCCGGUGCUUUCGAAAAGUUUUACGGCAGCAGCCGGAUGUAGCAACUUUGCCUUUGUCGACCAAUAUUCUUUUAUGCAGUUUAUUACGCGAUUUUAAAUCUGUGGCCUCAGAUCCUGAUGUUGCUUGUUUUUGGUUGCAGGCUGUUUGUGAAGCGCUUGUUUGUCUUACUGCAAGAGAUUUUUUAAAGUCUGCGGUGCCUUUGGUUUCAUCGUUACAGCAGAUUUUUGAUACUUUCGAUUUGGGAAUAGAAUCUGUUGCUACAGUAGCAUGCACUGUAAUUUGUCGUUUGGUUGACCACUGUGUUCAACAAAGUGAAGAAUUGCCAAGCUAUUGUGUUGACUUAUGUAACAAAUCAUUGAAUUCACAAAGUUCUGCAGUAUGGCGACAUGUUCUACGGGCUGAAUUUAGAAUAAUCGUAGUGUGCAAGGAUUCCAUAAAUGAAGCGUCACUGAUUCGUGCUCUUAUUGUUUUGGAUGAACUGCGCAAAGAUUCUAACCGUUUUAUCAUUCCUGAAAUCGAUUUAAAUAUCGGAGCAGUCGUGCGGUAUAUUGGAGCUGAACAAGUGUUAAGUGUUCUUUCACUGGAUUUAGAUUCGCAUUCAUUGACAACGAUUCAGCUCCGGAAACCAUGGCUGAUACCUAUACUACGUGUCAAUAUGUGCAAUCAGUCAAUUUCUCUAGCUUUGCGUUAUUUUCUGCCUUUAGCAAACCAUUUAUUGAAGAAGAAGAAUUCAAGAAAUGAAAUGGAAAAGAAAACAGCUCUCAUUCUCUGUGUAAGUUAG